AUGGCGGCGAUCUACGUGGAAGCUGGACGCAUUUUCACUGCGAUCGAAACUCGCAGAUGUGGGCUCAGGGCAGCUCUUUACGAAAAUGGAAGAGGAGAGAAACACAACCAUCUCAUUCCCAAAAUUUGCGCCCUCGUCUGCCGCACGAUGGAACGAAAAGACGAACUCGAACGCCUUCUCCUCUCUGUCGGCCUCCUGCCUUCUUCGUCGCCCUCUUCUUCUUCCUCUUCUUCUUCCUCUUCUUCUUCCUCUUCUUCUUCCUCUUCGUCGUCCUCUUCUUCUUCCUCUUCUUCUUCCUCUUCUUCUUCCUCUUCUUCGUCCUCUUCGUCUUCUUCUUCCUCCUCUUCCUCUUCAUCUUCGUCCUCUGCUUCUUCGCCAUUUUCGUCUCCCCCCUCUGAGGUGGACCGUCGCUUCCUGGAGAUGAAUCGCGGAGUGCUGUUUGCGAUGGCUUUCGAUUUUCUCUUUGGGCGAGGAACCGUCCUCGGAGGAGGCCAGUGCAAGCGCCUGGUCGUUUCGCGUCUGCACGCCGCGAAACGCGCGAACGGCGCUUUGACGAGCUCCGGAGACACCGGAGGCAACGGGGCGUCUGCGGAGACACCCUGCGCCCGUUCGACGCCUCAGAAGCGACAGCGAAACUCAGAGACGGCUCACGCCGACCGCCGCAAAAAACAGAGGAGCAGAACCUCAAAAACGGAGACCGAAGAAGGUACCGAAGCCGCAUGUCAAGAACCGAAGGAAGGACGAGAGACCGGCGGUUUGCAAACCAUGUCGCCGGAGGCAGGGGACCUCUUCCCGAGGUAUCUGCGAGUGGCUGUGAGUCGAAUCACCCUCCAGGAAGCUCGGAGAGCACUUGAAGCGUCCUUGGCUUCCUCGGCUUCUUCUCCCCCUUCGUCGUCUUCUUCGCGCGCUUCUUUUGCGGUCUCGGUGGACCCCCUUCUGCCUUCGUGUGGGCUGAGAGUUUCUGCGUCUGCCGCUCGCUUCCUCCUCCACCACCGGUUUGUCCGCGAAGGUCUCGUCGCUCUGCAGGACCGCGCGAGCUGCCUGGCCGCCCUGGCCGCAGGAAUCGGUCCUGGAGACUUUGUGCUCGAUGCCUGUGCCGCGCCCGGCAGCAAAACGCUCCACGCGCUAGAUCGCCUGCAAGGCCGGGGGCGCCUGAUCGCGCUUGAGCGAGACUCGAAGAGAGCCGCGACGCUGAUUCGGCGUCUCCUUCUCCACGGAAGUCUCCAAGGUCCGUACACAGACCCUCGCUGUCGCGCACCGUUGCGGGGGUCGACUGUCCCCGUUUCGGCUGCCUCACGCGCGCCUCGCGACGCCGAUUCUAGUAACUGGAGAGACUCCAAAACAACAAAGAAGGAAGAACCACAACCGACCAUCUACGACGCCUACGCUCGGUACGCUUCGCGGCGACCUCUUUUUUUCACAAAUGUCGACAUGUCAGCGUCUUCCGCUUCGUCUUCUUGUUCUUCUCCUUGUUCCUUGGACUCGACUGGGGGGAGAGAUUCGACGGGGCUUCCCGCCCUGUUGGUGGAGGUUCGAGUGACGGACUUCCUGAGCGUCUCAGGUUCGGAGCCUCCCUUUUGCUUCGUCGAAAAAAUGAUUCUCGACCCCUCCUGCUCCGGCAGUGGACUCCCCCUUCAUUUCUCCACUGGCACCCGCACCGCCGCGUCUCCGCCAAGACCACAGGAGGACGUGCCUCCUCUUCCUCCGCCCUCUUCGUUUUCGUCUCCUUCUUCUCCGCCUUCUUCUCCGCCUUCUUCUCCGCCUUCUUCUCCGGCUUCUCCUUUGUCUUCUCCUUUGUCUUCUCCUUUGUCUUCAUCUGUUUCUUCGCCUUCUCCUUCCUGUUCGUUUGCCAGCUUUUCUCCGGUGCCCGAGAUGUCGCGUUUGUCUCGACUGUCGCCGCCGCCAGGGAGUCUGGCGCGCGUGCGGCAGCUCUCGCGUUUUCAGGGAACGUUGCUCGCGCAUGCACUCACGACUUUCCCCAAGCUGUCUGUCUGCUGCUACUCGACAUGUUCGUCCUAUGUCGAGGAGAACGAGGCCGUCGUCGCCCGCGUCUUGGCGCGGCUCGGAGGCCCCGCGGGGGCUUCCGACGGAGCAAAUACGCAUGCCGUUUCCUCCGACAGCGAGACGAAGCCAGCAGGAAAAGAGACAGAGUCAGCGGGGACAGACGACCGAGGAACAAAGGAAGAAGCAACAGAAGCAGCAGAAGAAGAGACGAACUCUGGACACUGGAGAUUGCGGCGAGGAGGAGAAGUCGAUCUGAGGUGGUAUCCGUCGCUGGACCUUCUGAGGCAGAUGACCCUCAAACUGGCUGACGAACAGGGAGAAGGUGACGGAGGCCAGAAGCCAGUGAAAGGACGGGAAGCAGGCGGAGAAGCGAACGUUCAGCAGGGUCACCGCUUGACGUCUCAAUCUCCGAAGAAAAGGGGAGGAAAGACGUCGAGGAACGGAGACAACGCUGAGCUUCGUGGAGGCGAAGGCUGUGGGGAAAGCGAGGUCGCAGCUUGGCGACGCGCCCUCGCGUCCCUCGGCUCUGCAUGCAUUCGCUCGAGUCCAGCGACUCAUUUCUGUCGGGGAUUUUUCCUUGCUAGACUCGAACGCAAAGUGACAGGCGACCCGCUUCCAAGGCAAGCCAUUCAAGGCAGCCAGAAAAGAGCAGCGAACGGAUUUCGACAAGCAGGAACGAAAAAUGUUGAAGGGAGCGGAACAGGACUCAGCAGCCCCGAAUACAAGAGGCGAGAGACAGAUGAGACACUUGUCUCCGGUGCGGUGGAGACGCAGAAGAAGAAGGGGAAGAAGAAGGCCUCAGGUUCACAUGCCGCUUUUCAGAAACAGAGACUCAAGAAGGGAGUUAUCGUGGGCAUGUAAUGAGUACCGUUCCAGGUGUAGGACCUGAAUUUGACACUGUGGGUAACUGACAGAAACCACAUCCACACUGUGACCGCUUCUUGAAACGCAGCUGGUUCUGCAAGCAUUGCCCAGGACUCGCGGGAAGGCUGGGGAGCGAGAUCAACGAACCUCGGCUUCGGCAGACAGCGAAACCGAACCGCGGCAAACGAGAAUGAGAUACAAGAUUGAAAAAAGGUCGAUAGAAACGACCGAGAAAGGCCAUUUCGUUGGUGUGUGUCUCCUCUCUCAUCUCCAGGAACCGUGUUGGACGCACGGGAUCGACAGACGCGUUCCUUUAAGAAAAUGCAAGACUC